ACUUUUGUUGGUGGAGUGACGUGUGUGAGCGAGAUGUGAAUUGAAUGUUUUGAUUUUUAUCAACUUAAUUCAACUCCACACAAACUAAGUAACUUUGUUUAGUAGUAUGUGAUGUUAGAUAUUAGGUAUUAAAGAGUACUUACUAUUUACUGCAUAUAUCUCGUGUAAAUAUACUUUAUCUUUUCGUCGAGCUCAUAACAACAGUUGAUCGAUUUCAAAAUUUCGAAUAUAAUUUUUGUGUACUAAAGUGUUUGAAAAUGGGUGAUAAAGAUGAUUAUUUGACGUGCUAUCGAGUAUUUUUUGAAAAUUUUGCGGCGACUGUGAACCAUGAGGACCAGCUACCAGUUAACAUCGAUGGGUACACAAUCACAGAGGCCGAGUUGCCGGGAGAGGUGAUUUAUUGGAUGUCCCAGUACCUGACAGAAAAACAAUGCCCACCGACGUUGUUGACGCCGCUCUGCAGGAUAAUCCUGGAGGAGGUGACAGCGGAAGCCAGGAAACACCCCCUCGACUUCGGCUUCGACCCUAAUGAAUCAGUGUUCAUUGCGCUGAAGCUGAUGCAGGCGGUGAUGGCGCGCGUGAAUGAGGUCUGCCUGCGCUACCAGGAUAACUCAAAGCUGGACUCGUUGCCUCCGCCGGCGCCACUCGACCGCGAGGCGCGUACUGUUGCUGCUGCCACAAAAAACAUGCGACGUACCAUGGAAGACAGACAUGUAGUUAUUGGCAACUUGGAAGCACUUUUCGGCAUCGAUACAUCGGAGCCGACAAGUUUCUAUGCAGUGUACGACGGUCAUGCCGGUUCAGCUGCGGCGACGUACUGCGCGGCUCAUCUGCACCAGUACUUGGUGGAUAGUCCAUACUUCCGCACAGACCUUCAGCGCGCUAUGCUCGAAGCAUUCCUUAGAACUGACGCGGAGUUCGUCAGCAAAAGUAAUCAAAGGCGCGCGUGUGGCGGCAGUACUGCGGUGGUGGUGGCGGUGCGCGGCCGCUGCCUGCUGGCUGCCUGGGCGGGGGACUCGCUGGCGCUGCUCGCCAAGCGCAUGCGUCUGCGGCAGCUCGUACACCCACACAAGCCCGACAGACCGGACGAAAGAGAGAGAAUAGUCUCGUCUGGGGGAACUGUAACACACUACGGCACGUGGCGGGUGAACGGACAACUGGCUGUCUCCAGAGCUAUUGGGGACGCAAAAUACAAGCCGUACGUGACAGCCCGCCCGGAAAUGGAGGUUGUGAAACUGAAUGGAAAAGAGGACUUCGUGGUGGUGGCUUGCGACGGCCUCUGGGACUUCGUCAGCGAGGACAAUGUCGCUAUUUCUAUAUACGCACAGCUCGUCACAGAUCCAAAUGACUUGAAGGCAGUGACGAAGCGUCUGAUCGCACAAGCCAAGCGGGAGGGCUCUCCGGACAAUAUCUCGGUUAUUGUGGUAUUCCUCAAGGACCCGCGCGACAUCGUCGCAUACAUGGAUGAGAUGGAAAACGCGUUGGGCAUGCCCCCGUUACCGGUCGAGGCGGAGGGGCGCAAACCUGACGCCGCGGCGAUUGCAGUGGACGAGUGUGCCCACAUCGGUGACAUUGCCGAUAUAGAGGUCGAGGCUGAUGCCGACAACGGCGUGUCGGACAGUGACAGCGAGGACUUCGGCCCCGAGACAGCGGUGGACGCCGAAGAAGCCGACAACGAUGUGGACGACGCUCGCCACCACGAACCUGCGCCGCCAACACCGCCCGCACACACCGUGGAAGAGAGACACUUAGACGGCGUCUUGGUGGAUAAUGUAGCUGAGAGCGGCGAAGACUCCGAGGACGAGUGGAACUAUUAUAAGGGCGAAGGCGAACCAGAACGUGACGAACAAAACCCGAGCGAGGAAAACGACGAGCCACCGCGCUCCGACACACCCUGUCAAGACAAUUCAGCCUGGGAAAGUAGUUCAGUAGACAUGAACAGUUCACCAUUGAAUCCGGAUGCCCCAGUGUUUGUGCCGGGAGGAGUGGUUGGGUCUGAUGUGCUGCUGGCAGAAUCACCGCGCAAACCACUUCCUAUGGAUGACAUUGAUCUGCCCGAUGUAGCUCAGUUCCAGACCGAAGCAGUGAUCAGGCCGGCAGAGUUACUAGAUUUGGACAUUUCUGAUCAUCUUAAUGGUCAUCAUAAUGCUUCAAUUGAUAACAUAACAGAACAACUUAAUGGAAAUGGUAAAUGUGAUAUGGAAAGCUUAGGAUUUGGUUUCAAUAUGAAUGUAGACUCUGACAAGAUCAAGGACAUUAACCUUAUACAGGAAUUUGAUAGAAUACAGAAAGAUACUACGGAAUAUUGUGACAUACAGGUACUCCAAGCGCAGACUGAAAUGAAUCCAUUUGAUGACAGGGAUGAUGAACUAUUUGAAAGACUUAAAAAUAAAGAAAGAGAUCCAAUGAGUAUGAGCUUCUAUCAGGAAAAAGAUGAUGAUACAUGUGAAAGGUUUACAAAAAUAGAAGGUCAUAUAGAUCUCAAUGCUGUUCAACCUUUACCUGAUAGUGAUGAUGAAGAUAUUGAACCUAAUGGUGCUUUUAAUAAUGUGAUGGAAAAUGAUAAAGAAAAUAUUUCGCCGGAUCAAAAUACUGCUUUGUUGGAAACAGAAGACAAUCAUGAACCCAACAAUGAUAUUCUAAGGUUUGAUGAUCGGACGGAAAAUUCGGUCAGCAAUGUUUUGGAUAAUUUUAUGGAUAAUAAUAUUAACAAUACAAAUAACAUGCAAUCUUAUUCUAAUGUUGAAUUUGAAUGCAGUAACAUUCCACAAGAUGUAAUGCAGACUGAUACCCCUGAAUCUCACAAAUUAUUAUUUGAACAAAUUCCUGAAAUACCUGAUGGUAAAAGUUCCGAACUGGGUUUCACUAAUGACGACUUACAAGAUAGGUCAGAAAGCGAAAAAGAUGUCAGAGCUAUCACUCCAGAAGAUGAAGUGUCUCAUGAUAUUGAAGAUGAAAGUAAAUUUGAUGAAUCACCAAUUGCUGAUGAGCAGACUGAUUUUAUUGAGGCUGAUAUAAAAGAGGACUCAGAAAAAGAUAUACAGUUUGAAAGUGAUCUUCACUCUGAAGAUGAUGGGCAUGGCAGUACUUCUGAUAUUGCUAACGAUUUUAAUCGCCCUGCAUCAGUUGAAGAGACAGUCUUAUCUUCCGAAGCAGUAAUAGAUCAAACAGAGGCAAUUAUGCAUCAAGUACCCAGUGAUACAGAACAAACUACUCCGGUGGAAGUUAAGAAUGAAAGUGAACAGCAUGAAGAUUUUGAGACAGAAAUGAAAGAUACAGUUUCCUCUGUUGAAAUUAAUCUUAAUGAGCUUAAUGUAGAUAAAGAUAUUGAAUUCGAGAGUGACUUACAACCUGUUGAACAGUCCAAGUCUUUAGUAGAAUCUUCAUCUAUCUCACAUGAAGUUAUUGAUCAAACAGAAGCAAUAAUGCAGGAAAUGGCUAAUGACACAGCACAAAAUAUUCACAUAGAAGUUACUAAAGAGGAUACAGAUGAUCUUAGUGAAGACAAGAAAGUUGAUUUGGUAGAUGACAUACAGGGACCACUGGAUAAUGAGUUUGAUGCAGAGCUAGAGUGUAAAGAAGUGCAAGAUGAUAUGAUUUCUAAGUCGCCAUUGCCUAGUGAAUCACCAGCUGCAUCACAAGACAUCAAUGAGCCUGGUGAAUCCGAUGUUCUUUUACAAAAUAUACCACAAGAUAAUGAAUUUGCCGCUCAGUCUCCACUACCUGUGGAAUCACCACUACCUGUGUUGUCACCGAAACCUGUAGACUCAUUACUAGUGGAAUCACCACCACCUGUGGAAUCGCCUUUACCUGCGCACUCACCUCUCCCAGUAGAAUCUUCGCAACACGAGGAUUCGACGCUAUCUGUGAAAUCGCCUGUACCCAGUGAGUCACCACUACCUGACACUUUACAGUCCGUAGAUAACUUUGCAACAGAAUUAAAUGCUAGUGAUUUAUCAGCAACAAAGGAGGCAGGAGACUUCUUAGGUAAGGAAUCACCACUACCAAGUAAGUCGCCGCUACCAACUGAAUCCCCCUUACCAACGGAAUCCCCACUGCCAACUGAAUCACCACUACCAAGUGAGUCACCGCUACCAUCUAAAUCACCACUACCAACUGAACUGGAAUUACCAAGUGAAUCGCCUCAACUCAGCGCAUCUCCAGCGCCAACUGAAGAAUUAAUACCUAAAUCACCUUUACCAGUGGAAUUAUCUUCUCCAAGAGUUUCCCCAAUACCAACUGAAUCUGUUAUUAGUGAAACUACAUUGCCAAUUGAUGAAGUACCUCAAGAACUACUGCCUGAACAUAAAUCACCUGGGCCUCAGGAAGAACCGCAGUCAACUGAACAAAUUGAAGUUAAUGAAUCAUUUAUAUCAUCUGAAGGACAUUCAGAGCAACAUACAGUUCCACAAAUUGAACAUAUUGAAACAGUUGAGUUGUCACAUAAACCAGAAGCUGCAUCGCCUGCUCCUCCACAAAUACCUACUGAAAUCGCGGCACCGGCAGAGUCUCCAACUCCUAGUAUAUCGGCUUUGUCUGUCAAGUCCCCCGAACCCUCACAUGACGAUGUUCAACCUUUAGAAUUAAAUGACAAAGUAGCAGACAUACCGUGCGAAUCAAGACUGACGCCUGAAGUUCCGCAAGAAACUGUUUUAGAGCCAGCUUCGGAUAUCGCCCCGCAAUCUGAAACGAUAGUCGCCGAGCCCACAGGGCCGACACCGGAUUUAGUACCUGAAGAGCGUGGAGAUGUACCUCAAAUGCGAACCGAACUCGUUACCGACAUCGAUAUCGGCAUCCCUGAAUCUCGUGCACAAGAAAUCUGCGUUCCGGUCACCAGCGAAAUUCAGCUCGACGAUGCCAUGCAAGCCAGUUCCGGCACGCCACCGCCCACUCCGGCCGUGGAACCUAUCCAGAUGGCGCCAUCCUCGCUCGACAUCGCGCCAGUCAGCGAAACGUCUAUGGCCGCCGACGCGGUCGCUGUGGCCGCCGCAACCGCCGCUGCGGGCGCGGCCGUCGCUGCGGCUACCGUCGCCACCGCUAAAACGAAAACUCCAGCCACGAAAAAAUCUCCCACCACUCCUACGACGAAAACUCCCAAACCUGCUCCCAAAUCUACUGCGACUCCACGAACUCCCGCUACAGCCGUAAAGAAGACUGCGGCGGCAUCGCCGGCCCCGAAGACGCCGACGACUCCGAGACCGAUAACUGCGAAAACAUCCCUCAGUGCUAAAACGACUCCCGCCACAAAAGUGGCCGCUAAACCGAGCACACCGUCAUCCAAACCGACAACGCCCAUCACGAAACCAACGGCCAAACCUUCACCGGCACCCGCCAAGGAGGCGCCGGCGGUGGCUAAAGCCGCACCAGCACGUGUCGUCGCUCGGCCACCCGCGAAACCGGCCGCCGCCAAGCCCGCCUCCGCCCCGGCCAAGACGAGCACAACCGCGGCCGCCAAGCCCGCACCUCCGCGUCCCGCCGCGCGACCCGCCUCUGCUCGCCCCGCCGGUACGGCUCCCGCCGCAACUGCCGCCACAACGAAGCCCAAACUAGAAGUCAAGCCGAAACCGGCAGCGGCGAAGCCCCUCAUGAACGGCGAUGUUAAAAUGGCCUCAAAGGCUCCCGCCAAGCCGGCGGCGAGCGCGCGCCCCGCCGCUAAGCCCGCGCCCAAACCCGCGCCACGGACCACCACCACAACUGCAGCGCCCGCCAAAGCCCCGGCUCCCCGAGCAGCCGCGCGCCCAGCGCUGGACAAACAGACCAAGGAUCUCGCCAACAAGCGCAUCACCGCCAAGGCCGCACCCCCGAGGACUGCCCCCGCUAAGGCCCCAAUAAGUGCAAAGAGUGCAGUUCCGAAGGGCGGCAUUAAGAAGGUGGAGUCUGGCAAGAAGGAGGCGGCGCCCGUGAGGAACGGGUGCGCGCCCACCAAGCUGCCGCCGAGCCCGCCGCCCGCCGACAACGCGCUGCUGCCCGACGUCAUCGCGUAGACCCUCUGCCCGACCCCACACUCGCUAACGAUUCCUAUUAUUUCCGCUUACAUUUUGUGAUUUUCUAUAAGUGUAUUAUAGUUUUAAAGCCCCUCGAGGCGCGUCGUUAGGUGCGGGAGCCUUCUCCCACUUUUAUAUUAUAAAGUCGCUUUUUAUAGAUUUGUAAGUCGCCGACUCGCUGUAAGCCUUCCGCGGUUAUAUUCAUCGUAACGAGUCUGUUUAGAAUUUUUAUAUUACCAACGAAAGAUUGAUUUAAAAUCUGAUUUUUUUUAUUUAUUUCCUUUGUAGAACCGU